UGCUAGUUUAAGUUGUUUUUUUUUCUAAUAGCUGUGCAUGAUUGUACACCGGCUGCUGUCUUUCUGAGACAAUGUGGCACUAUGUGAGGUGCCUCUGGCCAAUUCUGCUGUUUCAUUGUGGUACAGCAGAAGCAGUUCUGGAAUUGCUGAAUAAUGAAAGUAACUACCUGGUGGGAUCAGACAUUAACCUAACAAUAUCAUACAAUAGUACCGGAGGUAUCAAGUGGCUAAAAAAUAAUGUUGUGGUAGCCCAAUGGCCCGGUGCUAGUGGUGCAGGUGCUGUUGCUACGGAGUAUAAAUAUCUCUCUAUCUUUGGGAAUGGCUCACUACGUAUUAGCAAUGCUACUGUCGAUUACUCUGCUUUGUACAAAGUCAGUCUAUCAGCACUAGGGGAGGAAGAAGAGACUGUCUCCCUUCAGGUCAACAUAUUUGAACCAGUGGAGAAUGUUAUUAUAAACGCCUCAAGUGAUAAAGUCAGUGAAGGUUCUGAUGCUGUCAAUCUGACCUGUAGCUCAUCUCGUGGAAAAGGAGACGUGUCCUGGAAGAAGGAUGGAAAAGCUCUGGACAGUAGCUACAAUUUCACUCUGCUUAAUGAAAACAAAACCCUUAGGUUAAAUGCUCCUAACAGAACUUACAGUGGAAUCUACAUCUGCAAGAUAUCUAACCCAGUAAGCAGCGGGGAAGGCAACUGGACACUUAUUGCUGACCAACAGUCGUCACUCAGCCCAGGAGCAAUAGCUGGCAUAGUUGUCGGGUCAGUGUGUGGUGCACUCCUGCUCAUUGCGUUGCUUAUACUUCUCAUAUGCUGCUUGCGACAGAAGAAACGCAAAAAAGAAAAGGAUCCAGCACUUUACCACAAAGAUGUUCUUCGCACUGUAUCCGGCACGACUCUAUCGCCAGAUGACCCUGCCUUCUUUACCAGAAAUAACAUCAUGUAUCGCACUUCCUCUAUCUCGAUGGGCUCUUAUAUCUUUCCCGAAGGUGAUUAUACUUCAGAUGGCAAAAGUUUACCCUCCUAUCCACCCAGUAGUCCACCAAGGUUGAAACAUGCAACACAAGUAUGAUAAUCCAUCCCUUUUAGAAAUAUGACAGUUGGGAUCAAUGUGUUUUCCAGUUUGAAGACUGAUUACAAAUGAUAUCCUGAGCAGAGGAUGCCAGUAAUAGGUGCUAUCGAGUGAAUAUUACAUUGAUAACUGUACUGUUGCCAGAACAGACCUGGAUCAACCUAUUGGUGCAGGAAUACAUGCACACAGGUUAUAUGAGAACAUGUGCUCUUUACCAAUAAACCAAUAAAAUGAAGACUUGGUCAAUUCUAGUGAAGAAAUACUGGAUUUUGGGAGAUGUCUAUUAGCCAACUAUAACUCAGUUAAAACUAGUCCAUUUUUUAUGGUUACUGGCAUUAAUAUUUAUUUUACUAUUUUCUUGGAGUCUGUAUACAGGUGCACUUAUUCACUUUAAAGGGAUAUAAAAAACUGUGGAAUACAGUGCCCCUUUAGUACAAACAAUAUGUUAAAUCAAAGAAAAACAUAAAAAGAAACAGGCUGUGUUAUUUAAAAAAAAAAAAAAAAUCAGCAAACAACUUUCUUGUUUUAGUGCUAAAUGAGCACUCAGAAAUUAUCAGUGUAGUCACUGCCUGCAUCUAGAUUAAAGAGCUACCAUUACCGUUAGAAAGUUCUACUGUCACAUUAAUUUUGCAGCAGAUGUCCUAUACAAAGCAUGGGCAAUGAACUAACUGAAUCUUAUCUCAUAGAAACAACCCCUUAUGGGGCAGUGAAAUGAAGUAAUGGACUCUUCACAGAUGUUGAUAAUAAUAAUAAUACAUAUUGCAAUCAUUUAUAUUAAUUAUAACCCGCUGCUUAGUUCUUUUUAUUACAACAAUGAAAUAGACUGUUUCAUACCCCUUCGAUUAACAAAUCUUACAAGUGACAUUCAUGAAACUUUGUCAAUAGACUGAGAAAAUAUUCCUCCAACUGUCUCAAUCAAUGGCUUCCUGGACUAUGUAAUCUACUUGUAAAACAGAUUAACAAUGGACACAAGUGAGUCAUAAAACAUACAAACGUACAGAACAAAGAGUUAUUUAUACAACAGUGUGUAUAAAGCAAACAAACAUGGCUACUGUAUAAAAGGCAAGGCAUACACCAAUAUAGAAUAUCUUUGUCGAACAAAACAAUACCUGACUGUUAUAUAAAUAUACAGAUUUAGAAUAUCAAAUAUCUUAGAUUAAAGUGUUGGUGGACUUUCCUCUUUGUAGAAACAGAUCCAGAAUCUUAGCAAUAUUUUAGGUGGAGUUUAAUUAAUCAGUUGUAAUGAAGAUGCGAUUUAACUUCCUAAAUGUAGCAAUGAAAUUCUAAUACCCCUUGCUCCGCAUACUCCCUUUCAAAAGUAUUUUUUUUUUUUGAGCUAACAACUUGAACUGUUCUCCAAGCAGUGUUCUAGCUAAAAAAAAAAAAAAAAGAAUUGUGCGAGUGCCGUAUGGCUAGAACACUAAUUGGAGAACAAUUCAAACCAUUAGCUCAAAAGCAAGGCGGCCAGAACACGUGGCAUUUGAAUUACAUUAAAAGUAAAUUAUAGCGUAUUUUCUUUACAACUGAUCAAUUGAACUCCAGCUAAAAUAUUGCAUACAUUCCAGAUCUGUUUAUACAACAGGGAAAGUUUACCAUCACUUUAAAUGAUCUGGCCUACAAAUAAUGAAAUAUAAUUGUAAAAUAAACAGGAAGGAAGAACACAGAGAUCAGCAAGCAUGAAUUAAAAAAACCCAUUGAUUUCAUAUCUACAUUUAAAAAAAAAAAAAUCUUUAGCACUCUCACUCCCAUAUGUGAAGACUUUACUCUUUAGGAAAUAUAUGUAUUUUAAAAUGCUGCUGCUAACUUUUGGGUAAUGAUAUUUCUGGUAUUUUAUAGCUCUCCAUUAUCUAUACAGAAAAUAUUUUUAUUUGAUAUUUACUGAAAUGCUUUGUUCACUGCAACCAAUUUAAAUUCCACCUUGAUCAAUACAUUACGUAUGUUUGGCCAGUUCUACUGAAAAUAUUCCAACAACAAAUAUGAGUUUAUUACGAAGAAAAAGAAAAAAACUGAAGGUGAAAUUAAGUCACAUAUUAUAGGUCUGAUGUAUACUUGCAGUGAGGUUUUUAUUUGUAUUUUAUAUUUAUUUAUUUUUCCAUUUUGAAUAUAAUGUUGCUUCACACCUACAGACUUUGCAUAAGAUAACCAGGUGUUCUAGUCUGUUACAAAACCUAUUUCGCCUUUCUGAAGGACAAAUAUAAAACAGUUUUUCUUAAUUCUUUGUGGAAAACAAUAUUCUGACUUAUCAACAUGAACCUUGGAAUAAUAUAGAGUAUAAUAAAAUUAAUGUUGUGCUAGCAAAUUAAUCAGUAUAUAAAGUAACUGAUGUACAUAUAUUAAAAUGAUUAUUUUUUUGUAAUAUAAAAAAGAGCAUGUAUAUAUAUUUUUAUAAUACACUGUAUAUUUUUUACAUAAUUGAUAUUUGAAAUGUGUACUUGAUUAAACAAUGUUACUACUGACAAUUAAAGUAUGGAAAUAUGUAGACACAUUUGAUUGUACAAUAAAAACUCUUAUUUUUAAUUAA